AUGGAACAGAUUAAAAGGGCAAAUAAACUGUUUACCAAUGAUUGCAUAUUUCUGAGAACUUUGAACAUCCCAGUUAUUUCAGAGAAGCUGCUGUUUGGACUUAACUCAAUUGAUUCUCCAGAAAGUGAAACUGUCCAUGGCCUUUUUUCUCAUGAAGAAGGGCUGGUAGCAGUUGUGGAAGACCCAUCUUCUCCCAGUCCUCUGGCAUCUCCUGUUCAGCCAGUGCCGCCCGAGGAAGUGUCAGCCAGAGAUUUCCUGCAGAGACUCGACUUGCAGAUUAAGUUAUCAACACAGGCAGCCAGGAAACUAAAAGAAGAGAGCAGAGAUGAAGACAAUCCCUACGCAACUUCACUCUAUCAUAGCUAGAUGAUGCUAUUGCACCUGGGUUAAGAGAUAAUUGAAUCAUAAGGAAACCAACAACUGAAGAUUCAAAAGCACCUCUUUUGGAUUCUCAGAGUGUACAUCUUUAAAUCACAAUUAAGUAGUUCCAUUGCAGUUGCACUGAAGUGAUUGGUUCCCUCUGGCUUUCUAUAAUUUUAAGUCUGCAUUAUGGCAUGAUAACAAAAGCUCAUCACUUUUGUAGGUGCUGGUAGUUUUUAAACUUGCUUUUGUAAAUACUAGUUGACAUAAAGCAUCAAAAACUACUUACAUAGUCAAGCUAAAAACAUUGGUUUAUCUCUUGAGAAUUCCUAAUUAUGUGAAAAACAUGGUUGCUGUUUGAGUGAUGCGGACAUUGCUAUGUGUUUAUAAUUAAGUGCUAUAUAUAUAUAUUUCAAUAUGUAUUACAUAUUCUGUAUUAAUAUAGAGAACCAAAUUUUGUCUGCUAUUUUGUACAAGUAAGCUACCAAAGUCUGAAAAAAUAAACUAUGUUUUUACAUUUGA